AUGAGCACCUCACGCUGGGGCAAGUUCGUCUUGCUCCUGUGGAAAAACUGGAUCAUCACCAAACGGCACUACCUGCAAACGUUGUUCGAGAUCCUUAUACCGGUAUUGGCCUGCGUUCUUCUCAUACUGAUCCGUGGAUUAGUGGACUCGGAGGAAUUCACGGAGCCUACCAUCUUCAAUCCACUCGAGCUAAAUACCAUCUCCCAUUUGAGGCUUAACCCAGAAAUAGAUCCACCGAUUAUUUACGCCAUUGCAUACUCACCGGAGAAUGCGAUGCUGCAGAACAUUAUCCAGCGUUCGGCGCUGCAGCUGGACGAAAGCCUAGAGAUUCGUCCGUUUCCCAACGCCCAGACCAUGCAGGCUCACCUCCAGACGAACAAUGUGCUGGCGGGGGUAGAGUUUCCGGAUGCUUACGCUACUUUAUCGCAACUCCCAGAGCAGACGAUAAUGUCGUUAAGAUAUCCGAGCGAAAUGCGAACCUUCCGUGAGACCGGAUCGGAGUUCUGGAACAACUGGCAGACGGAGCGAAUGUUUCCGCAGUUUCAGGUGUCCGGGGCACGUCAGUACGAGCGUGACGAUGGUGGAUAUCCUGCCAACUACUACAACGAAACGUUCCUGCAGAUCCAGAGUGCCGUGGCGCGAUCAAUUCUUCUCGAGCGGGAUCCUUCCUUUCAACUGCCGAAUGUCUAUCUAAGUCGAUAUCCGUAUCCACCGUUCUACAGUGAUGUUUUACUCACAGGACUAGAAAAUUUGUUGCCACUGAUCAUUGUGAUCGCGUUCUUCUAUACUGCCAUCAACACGGUCAAGUACAUAACGGUGGAGAAGGAAAAACAGCUGAAGGAGGCCAUGAAGAUCAUGGGCCUUUCGAGCUGGCUGCACUGGACAGCAUGGUUCGUCAAGUGUAUCGCCCUGCUGCUGAUCUCCAUCUCGAUCAUCACGGUGAUGCUGUGCGUUAGCAUUACGAGUAACACCGACCUGGCCAUCUUUACGUUCUCGGACUGGUUCGCCAUCUGGUUCUACCUGUUCGUGUACAGCCUCGCAACGAUCAUGUUCUGCUUCAUGGUAAGCACGUUCUUCUCGAAGGCAAACACGGCGUCGGGCAUCGCCGGGUUGCUGUGGUUCGUGUUUGUGAUGCCGUACAACAUUGCGUUUUCGAACUACGACACGAUGUCGCUGUCGGCCAAGUUGGCCCUCUGCCUGUUCCACAACUCGGGCAUGUCGUUCGGGCUCAUGCUGAUCAUGCGCCACGAAGGUACGACCAAUGGGCUGCAGUGGUCCAACAUGUUCGACCCGGUGACGGUGGAUGACGAUCUGAGUGUCGGUGCGACGAUGAUGAUGAUGCUGACCGAUGCCGUCAUCUAUCUGGUGAUUGCGCUCUACGUCGAGAAGGUGUUCCCGGGUGAGUACGGCGUAGCAGAACCGUGGUACUUUCCGGUGACGAAGAAGUUCUGGACCAACAAGGUGGUCCCGAAUGACGACCCAGCCGAUGGGCAGGCACCGGACUCCGAGACGAACAACAUCGAACCGGAACCGGUGGGCAAACAUGCGGGCAUUCGCAUCAAAGGCCUCCAGAAGGUGUUCAACAAGACGAAGGUGGCCGUCAAGGGACUACAUUUGAGCAUGUUUGAGGAUCAGAUCACGGUACUGCUCGGGCACAAUGGGGCCGGUAAAACGACCACCAUGUCGAUGCUGACCGGAGUGUUCUCACCGACGGGCGGUACCGCACUGAUCAACGACUGCGACAUUCGGACAAACAUUGAGGGGGCGCGGAAGUCGCUCGGCCUUUGCCCACAGCACAACGUGCUGUUCAACGAGAUGACGGUUGCGGAACACAUACGGUUCUUUGCGCGGCUCAAAGGUGUCGAAAGGAAAGACAUCCCGAAGGAGAUUGACCACUACGUGUCGGUGUUGCAGCUGGAGGACAAGCGGCACGCCCAGAGCCACACACUUUCCGGCGGGAUGAAGCGUAAGCUGGCCGUCGGAGUGGCACUUUGUGGUGGUUCGAAGGUGGUGUUUUGUGAUGAACCAACGUCCGGAAUGGAUCCAACGGCAAGGCGUGCCCUGUGGGAUCUACUGAUUCAGGAGAAAAAGGGACGUACCAUUCUACUCUCGACACACUUCAUGGACGAAGCGGAUAUCCUCGGUGAUCGGAUUGCAAUCAUGGCCGAUGGAGAGUUAAAGGCGGCCGGGUCGUCGUUCUUCUUGAAGAAACGGUUCGGCGUUGGAUACCGGCUGAUCUGCGUGAAGGACGAUGGUUGUGAGACGGCACGCGUGACAUCACUGAUGAGGCAACACAUUCCCAACAUAGUGGAGGACACGGACAUUGGUACGGAGUUGUCGUACGUACUGGACGAUAGCUAUACGGCCUUGUUUCAGCCUCUUCUACAGAACUUGGAGAACCAUUCCGCGUCCCUUGGCAUCACUAGCUACGGUAUUUCGUUGACCACACUCGAGGAGGUGUUCCUUCGAGUGGGAAGUGAUUCGUACGCUCUGGACAAGAAACCGCACGAAGAUAUUCCAGCGCAACCGUACGCACUGGAGCCCUCGAAUGGUUCCACCGUGACCCUUACGCUGGACCAACCGGAUCAGUACAAGCUCCUAACGGGUUAUCCACUGCUCGCUAAUCAACUCCAAGCCAUGCUGCUCAAGAAAGCGAUCGCCACCAAACGGAGCUGGAUAGCGAUGUUGGUGCAGAUCUUUAUUCCGAUCUUCUUCGUCAUCAUGACGGUCGUGAUCGUGCGUUCCUUUCCCGACUCGCUCGCCCUCCCACCGCUUCCGAUCGGGUUCGACAGUUACGAUACGACCGUGACCGUCCUGGAGGGAACCUCCACCGUUCAGACCAGUGUGAUACAGGCGUACCAGCAGCUGUUCGAAGGGGCCGACUCGUCCCGCUCGCUCAUCACCAUCACGGAACCGAUGGUGGACUACAUCCUCCACCGUUACGACCAGAAUCUUCCUCAGGUGAACAACGAGUUCAUGGUCGGUGCAUCGAUCACUCCGACGAACCAUACCAUCUGGUUCAACGCACAAGGAUUCCACUCCGCCCCGCUGGCGAUGAAUACGUUCUACAAUGCCAUGUUGCGUUCGGUUUGCGCUCAGUGUUCUAUUCUGCUCACCAACCACCCGCUUCCGUUCCGUCCCGAGACGAGGUUCACCCAGCUUCAAGCCGGCAACAAUAUGGGCUUCCAGCUGGCGUUCAAUACCGGCUUUGCGAUGGCAUUCGUGGCCGCCCUGUACAUCAUGUUCUACAUCAAGGAGCGGGUCAGCCGCUCCAAGCUGCUGCAGUUUGUUAGCGGCGCGAACGUGCUCCUGUACUGGCUCGUGUCGUUCGUGUGGGACUUUAUGACGUUCUUCGUGACGGUCAUGUUCUACGUGGCGGUAUUGGCCGCCUUCCAGGAAGAUGGUUGGUCCUCGGGUGAAGAAAUUGGUCGAGUGAUCCUUAUAAUGGUAGUAUUUGGCUUUGCCUUCCUGCCCCUCACUUACCUGCUCUCGUUCGCCUUCGAUAUUCCGGCGAGCGGCUUCGUGAAGGUGAUGAUACUGAACAUCUUCACCGGAACGAUCUUCUUUAUGACCGUGUUUCUGCUGCUGUUCGAUGGCUUCGAUCUGACGGAGGUGGCCGAGGGUAUGGAGUGGGCCUUCAUGAUAUUCCCGCUGUUUGCGCUGAGCCACUCGCUGAGCAAUAUGAACAUUGCGGUCGCCACGCAACAGGUCUGCGACUCGCAGUGUGAGCUUAUCCCGAACUGUACACCGGAGCUGCUGUGUCAACUGUUCUCUCAGUGUUGCAACACGGAAAUAUUUACCUUCGAGCGCACCGGCAUCAGCCGCAAUCUGAUGUAUCUGUUCGUGGUGGGACUGAUCUGCUUCCUGCUGCUCAUGUUCUUCGAGUACCGGGUGUUCGCUCGGAUUUUCCGGCGCAAGACGAAAACGGCCGCACCACCGAGCGAAGCGGACGAUAUCGAUUCGGAUGUACGGGCGGAGAAGCUUCGUGUGCGCUCACUGACCGAUGGUGAAAUCGCCGCCAACAACCUGGUCUUACGGGACGUAACCAAGUACUACAAGAAGUUCCUGGCCGUCAACCAGCUGUCGCUCGCCGUCGAACAUUCGCAGUGCUUCGGGCUGCUCGGGGUGAAUGGGGCCGGCAAGACCACCACCUUCAAGAUGAUGACCGGCGACGAGGGUAUCUCGUACGGUCAGGCGUGGGUCAACGGUAUCAGCCUCAACAGCAGCAUGAACGAGGUGCACCGGCGCAUCGGCUACUGUCCGCAGUUUGACGCGCUCAUCGAUGAUCUGACCGGGCGGGAAACGUUACGAAUAUUUGCGCUCCUGCGAGGUAUCCCCAAGGGGGAGAUAGCGACCCUCUCGAACCGGUUGGCCGGGGAGCUCAACUUUGGGAAGCACAUCGACAAGCUGACGAAGGCGUACAGUGGGGGCAACAAGCGGAAGCUCAGCACGGCCCUGGCGCUGAUGGGCGAUCCGGCGGUAGUUUACCUGGACGAGCCGACCACCGGCAUGGACCCGGGGGCACGCCGCCAGCUUUGGGAUGUGGUGUGCAAAGAGCGGGCCGCCGGUAAAGCGAUCGUCCUCACGUCGCACAGCAUGGAAGAGUGCGAAGCGCUCUGCACCCGGUUGGCCAUCAUGGUGAACGGGGAGUUCAAGUGCCUCGGCUCGACGCAGCACCUGAAGAACAAGUUCUCCAACGGGUACUUCCUGACGAUCAAGCUCAAGCGGACCGAGGUGGCUAACGUCGAUCGAAUAGCGGACGUCAAACAGUACAUCGUGGAACGGUUUCCGCAGGCCGAGUUGAAGGAGGAGUAUCUCGAAUCGGUUACCUAUCAAAUCCCGUCCGAAAACACGCGCUGGUCAACGAUGUUUGGCAUCAUGGAGAACGCAAAGAAGGUGCUAGACAUCGAGGACUAUGCCCUCGGACAGACCUCGCUCGAGCAGGUGUUCCUGUACUUCACAAAGUUCCAAAGGCAGACGGACUAA